AUGACGGAAGACUGGGGUGGGGAUAUUUUAGCACGACUAAAGCUACGAGAUGACUUGGAAAGCAGGGAUUCGAAGUACUUUGAAGCAUUUGAUCUCCUUAGGCGCAAAAAAGUUAUCAAAGGUACCUCUGGAGACCCCGAUGUAGCAGCUGAAAAUGAACGUUUAAUAGAGAAAUUAAACAAUCUUGCAAUUGAAGUAGAGAAGAAGGAUUCUCAAAUCAGCAAGCUCAAAAGACAGCUCAGUGUUGCAGAGAAAACAAUAAAAAGUCAUCAGAAUAAACUCGAGAACUUGGCCUUGGAGGUACAAGAGAAGAACAAGAAUAUUGAAAUUGUCAAUGACGAGGUUUUGAUGAACCAGAUUCAAACCGCAGUUUUGCAGAAGAAACUUGGCGAACUCACUAAGGAGAACGAGACGUUGGUGAAGAGGUGGAUGGAUAGAGUGAGCAGCGAGGCGCAACAGAUGAAUGAUGCUAAUCAGUUUCUCGAAAGUAUGCGCAAAACCAGUGGAUGA